AACUGUAAACAAGAUGAAGCGCAGUUAUGACAGUGGUUGCGCUAAACAAAAAAACAAGGGCACAAAGCAAAAAGAAUACAGCUGCACUUCUGAAACUAGCUACAUUUUUCAAAUUGCCUGAGUCUGCUACAGCCUCAACCUCCGCUGUUGAGGAAUGUGUUCGUGUAGUUUGGGUUCCAUACCUCUGCACACCACCUUUCUAUGAAGACUUUGGAGAAGCCAGCAACAACAAAGAUCACCAUUCCACAGAUGGCAAUGAGGAUACGGUUCCUGACAGCUUUGCUGGUCUUCAACACCUGCUGGUUGGGUACGAAUGGUGGCUGUGGCCCUCUUGUGGUGGAGACAGACAGUCUUUUAGCAGAGAGAACACAGCAGCAGCAUCUGCAUGCACUUUUCCUGAAGUAUGGUGAGAAUGGGACCAUCUCAUUGUCUGGUUUGCAGAGGCUGCUUGAGGGGUUGGGCCUCGACCGCAUCAGGAGAGUUACAGUGCAGCACCAUGGAAACAAACAUGACCACACACAUUCGCAUACAUACUCAAUAACACAUGCCCACAAACACACCACACACACUGUUGGUAGCAAGAAGGAUGGUAACGGUUCCAAUGUGGAGAAGAGUGACUCAACCUCCAGUGUGCAUCCUGACUAUGUUUCCAUGAAGAAGAGCCAAUUGGAUAUGCAUCAUAAUCUCUAUAUAAAGAGAGAUUCUGAUGCCACUGCCAUCCUGACCACACCAUCUUAUGUCACCAAAUCACGCCGGUCAGUACGCAGUGCAGACUUCAACCUUGUGGACUCGGAUUCUUUCCAGCCCAAUACAACGCACUCGGAUGACACUUACCACACCAAGAACACAUCUGCACACAACCUGGAUGAUCACAGUCACCAUGACAAGAAUGAGCACAGUCCAUUAACCUCCAGCUUCAGUCAGGAGUGCCAGAAUGCCACCAUGAUUCUGCAGACACAUGGGAUGUCCCAAGAAACAACUCUCUCUGUUAAUGACUUCACCUUCCUUUGUCCUGCCCUUCUUGUGCAGAUUGAUUUUAAGUCCUGCCUUCCAAGCGUCGAGAACCAUUCAGACCACAAUCACCAUGAUGAGGUUACUGGAAAAAGUCAGAAGAAUUAUUCCGUUCAUAUGGCUUGGAUUGGAGGCUUUCUCUCUAUCACAAUAGUCAGUUUGCUGGCUUUGGUGGGUGGAGUCCUAAUACCACUAAUCAACAAAGUCUGUUUUAACUUCCUGCUCAGCUUCUUGGUUGCCCUUGCAGUAGGCACGCUCAGUGGAGAUGCCCUCCUGCACCUUAUCCCACAUUCUCAGGGUUACCAUAAGCACCAUCAUGCUGCCAGUGAGAAAUUGGAGCAUGGUCACCAUGGUGACAGUGAAGAUUCCCUUAAACCUGUUUGGACAGGGUUGACUGCGUUGGGGGGAGUCUACAUCAUGUUCCUCAUUGAGCACUUCUUGACCCUUGCAAAAGUGUUCAAAGACAAAAAACAAAAGGUGCAGAAGAGAGCGGACUUGGCCGUUGAAAUUUUAGAUUCUCAGAAUGUGUCCGUUAUGGCAGACCCCAAUGUUCAACCACUGGAAAACUCUGAGGUGAAUGGAAGGCAUGUAUGGGGACAGUGUCUGCCUGAGGAGGAAGAAGUGAUGUUAUCUCAGGGUUGCUACACAGAUGAAGAUUGUGAGAACAAGUGCCAUUCCCACUUCCAUGACACUGUUGGCCAGUCAGAUGAGCAGCACCACCAUCACCACAACUACCACCAUAUUCUGCAUCACCACCACUCUCAAAACCAUCAUCCCCACACUCACACACACAGACAUACACACUCUUAUUCUGUCCAACAUUUCAAGAAUGCUGGAGUUGCCUCCCUUGCCUGGAUGGUUAUUAUGGGGGAUGGCCUGCACAACUUUAGUGACGGACUGGCUAUAGGAGCAGCCUUUACAGAGGGUUUGUCUAGUGGUCUCAGCACUUCAGUUGCUGUGUUCUGCCAUGAGCUUCCUCAUGAGCUGGGGGAUUUUGCAGUUCUGCUGAAGGCUGGAAUGUCUGUGAAACAAGCAAUUCUUUAUAAUUUGCUCUCUGCAAUGAUGGGCUACCUGGGAAUGUUUACAGGCAUUCUGAUUGGUCACUAUGCUGAGAAUGUGGCCAUGUGGAUCUUUGCUCUCACAGCUGGACUCUUCAUGUACGUUGCACUGGUAGAUAUGGUUCCGGAGAUGCUGCAUAACGAUGCCAGUGAAGCAGGCUUCAGUCAUUAUGGAUUCUUUGUCCUGCAAAAUGCUGGGAUCCUGCUUGGUUUCAGUAUCAUGCUUGUCAUUGCCAUGUUUGAACACAAAAUUCAACUCUGGAUUGAAUUCUGAUUUCAUCACCCCCACUGCUCUCAAUCAUCACCUCUAUAACGGCUCAUAGUGAAACCUAAGUCAUUAACCUGUAACUUUUUCACAUGUAAAUUUCAUUUUACAGAUACAGGUUCUGUGUAAAAAUGUGGAAGUUGCUGAAUUUUGGAGAGGAUAUUACAUCAUAGUCAGUGUUCCACUGUCUCACUAGGAUAUGUAUUUACUUCUGGUCCUCACUAGGAACAAUCAGUAGUUUUACUGUUUGCAGUGUAGUGUGUGACCACUUGAAGUUUUUGGCUGUCUGCAUGGUCAUCUGAGAGAACAGAAUGUUUCUGCUGGGAUUAAGCUGGAAAAGUGCAUGAACUCAAUAUACAGUGAUGUCAUUCAUGAAGUUGAUGCAACAAUAAAACAAUUCAUAGAAAAAAA